GUGCUGUAUGUCAAAGGAUGUGAUACCAGAUGUUCUCAGCACUCAUCUAUUUCGAAGGAGCAGAGCACCUGUACGCUGCAGAGCCUGUGAAAAUUACGUUUAUUUAAAAGGCAGCGAAUGUCAGAAAUGCGGUAUCGUGUGCCAUAGGAAGUGUUUAAAGAGUUUGUCUAUCAAAUGUGGUGGCCACCCAUUGCCCCAUAAGGUCCCAACAUUCGGGGUUGAUUUCUCCACACAUUUGUGUGCAACACACUGCACAAUUCCUUACGUGGUUUUCAAAUGUGUAAAACACAUUGAAACCACUGGAAUGGAUAUCAAGGGAAUAUACCGUGUAGCCGGGGCUAAGAGCAAGAUGCAGAGUUUGUGCAGAAGCUUCGAGAACGGGUUGGAUCUGGUCGAGUUGAACGACAAGUCGCCUCACUUGGUUUCAUCUGUCUUGAAACUUUACCUCCGACAGCUACCAGAACCACUUCUACUGCAUUCCAACUACGAGGACCUGAUAAGGAUUGCUUUGAACCAGCAAGAGAACGGAGCUGAUCUGCAGACCCUGCUAAAACAACUGCAUGCAAUCCUGGAGAAGCUUCCCAAAGCUAACAGAUUCACACUGCGUUUUAUUGUUGAACAUCUAAACAGAAUUAGUCUUAAUGAGGGGCUGAAUCAGAUGACGUCAGUUAACCUGGGUAUAGUGUUCGGACCUACCCUGAUCAGACCGAAACACGAGCACUCCUCGGCUAGUAUCGUGCACAUCAACCAUCACAGCAUGAUCACCCAACUCCUUAUUGAGAAUCCAUCUGCUUUUAUCAUAUCAGAUGAGGAGUCAGAAUAUGCGCGUUACCGUGAGAACCCCAAAGUAGCCUCAAUGUCUGACGUGCUACCCAUUAAGACACGUGACAGUAUCAAACUGUUCACCCAAGACGAGGAUUACCUGGAUUACAUACAGAGCUGUUUGGAGAAGAGAAGCCGGAGGAAAGCUAGUAAACUUGGGAGAGGUUACGCUGGAAAAACAGCUUCUGAACCUAAUGUUUUAGAGAUAAGCAAGAAGACGAGAUUAGUGACUCCCCGGUUCCCUGGCGAGGGUAGUGAGUAUGUAGCCAGUGAUGAUUCUCACACGCGCAUCGUACGUGCCUUUAGUGAACCCUCUAAGUGUGACGAAUUUGAUAGUCAGGAGUACCUGAUGGCUCGCAGUGACUUGAGCAAUGUUUCCAGCGACCUGAGCAGUACUGAGAAUCUUCUGGACUCAACUGACGACGCCUCCUUCCCCGACACGGACGAGGACGAAACGUAUUUACAAGAAUAUGUGGCACAACAACUACACAGCGUUAAAGCGAGACUCCAGAUUCUUCGAACAUAUAGUCUCAGUACAAGUGACAGUGAUGAAAUAGACGGGACCGUGCUCAACGUGAAAUGUGUCCAAUCAUCACAGAGCGAAGUCAGUAGUGAUCCGUACGUAUCAGCUUACAACGCAAGACUGGUCAACCUGGGAGUGAACCAAUCCCUUGUCAGACCACGUCUUUCUUUGGAAUGUGCAGAAACCUCAGACAUUUGCUGAAAACCAUCUGCCAAUUUGACGUCCUGUCAGCUGUACGUCAGUUAUUUUCUUAUUCCUCCUUCUGUUUGUUAGUUGUUAUCCUGCACCGUUAAUAGUAUAAGUUAAAAUUGUUGAAGCUGUAUUUCACACAAGAUAUAAAAUAUAAAGUAUCCAUGAUGAUAGACAGAAAUCAUAUGGAUUUCCUUUUAAGAGAACAAACUGGAUAGGAAUAUUAUUCAUUUCCCGUUCUAUUUAUUUAAGGAGUACUCAAAUUAUGUUUACACACGUUAGCUUAGGAAUAUAGCAGCUGGAAGAUUCUUAUCUUCAUGAUAUUAUAGUGGACAUAUUCAGAGUUCUCUCUUGAUAUGGAAGAACAUUUUAAAUGAAGUCUACUUGAAACUUAGAUCAAAAAUUAAGAGAAGGACCUAAAUUAUAGUGAUAUCAACCUCCAAUUUCAAAUGUGUCCACUAAGAUAGAAGAUUUUUCCGACACACCGUUAUAUUAAGUUUCGAUAGUAGGUAAAUAUAUUGUCUCAAAUCUCAAAUUAUUUGUCAAGUUGUAAACCUAUUUGUCAGUACAUACGAGAUUCAGUGAUCGUGUUUUACAUACGAGUGAUAGGGCACGUUUUCAGUGUUGUAUUAAACAAUCGGUACUGUAAAACCUUUUUUUUUCGUGGGUACUGAUUUUACGGAUUUCUUUAAUUGGAUCAUUUUCGCGGCAUCAAUUUACGUGAAUUCAAAUGAUUGAAUUCACAGUAUGUCACUUGGACAACAGAAGAGCCUUUUAUAUUAUUAUAAUAAUGGUACACUUUAACACAAUUUUAUACUAAUAGUUACAAUUUUUAGGGGAUAUUGACUUUUAUUUCCGAAUCGAUUAACAUUUUGUUUAGUCACUCUUCAAUGACGCCCUCGUUUUAGCUGCAGACUAUAUAAUAUAAAGGACAAUUAGAGAAACUAUAAGAUUAUUAUUCUAAUCUGCAGUUUAAAGUGCGUUAAUUGCAGGAUUGAUUGAUGCAUAUAAUUUUGGUUCUUUGGACACAAAUCAGAAUAUUAAACAUACGGAACCGCUAGAUCUAGACAAUGAAAGUGUUUUUCUUUUAUUUCUUUUUAAUCAUUUCUCGUUUGAAUGUACAUGUUGGGUAAAGUUUAUCGGAGGUGACAUACUUCAUCAGAUUUCUUAAACCAAUUUUCACUAAUUGUAGUGUCUCAGACGUAUGCUCAUCAGUGACAACCAACCUGUGUUGUGUGAUAGAAACACGAAACUUCCAAAUAUUAGGAAAAUAUAUACCUGCUUAAAAUGAAUGAGGGUUUGAGCGAAUUUGUUUUUUUAUAAUAAUCUCUUUUUCUUGCCCUUCUAAUCUGGUACCACUGAUGAACACACGUUAAAAAGAAUUAAAUUUUACUGACUUUGCCCAAUAUCGUAUGCUGAUUGGCUACUGCUGAUAUUAACUGUAAUUACUGAGGAGGAUUUCGGUGUUUUUCGCUAUUACAAAUAUAAAUAUCCUCCCCAUAAAUGAAGUGCUAACCGAAUAUUAUAUAACAGAUCACAGUAACUGUAAUCUUUAUUUGCAUUUAUUAUUAUUAUUCCAUGCUUGUUAUUAAUAUAGAAUAUAUUUUUGUUACUAAUUAAUCAUUAUAACCUCAUUAUAUAACCGUUUAAUGUUUGUAUGGCCUGUGUAAAGUAUUGCUGUAUUUCUUAACCUAAAAUGUGACACGCAGUUCGAUAAA